AUGGAGACUCAGUCCGGUAGCACCAGCGCUGUGCAAGAUUCCGCCGCCGCCGCAGCCACGGAGCCGCUUGCCUGCGUGUCGUGCCGCUCACGCAAGCUCAAAUGCGACCGCACCAAGCCGGCUUGCACUCGAUGUGUCAAGGUCGACGCCGAGUGUUGCUACCCCGAGUCGCGCAGGAAGCCGACCUUCAAGAGACGCAAUGUCAAGGAGCUUGAGGCCCGUCUAGCCCAGGUGGAAGAGUAUCUGAACCAGGUCAACACCAAGGCUGGUGACGAUGCAGCGGACGAAUCUAGCAAGCGCUCUGACGAGCCUCCGCUUCAGAUGGGCGACUUUACCUUUGAAAGCGGGCCUCCCGGCCAGGACUCGGACACUCAGGGGGCCGCCAGCCAACCUCAAGACUCAUUCGAUAUGCCUGCUUUUCAGGAAAGUGACUUUAUCGGCAGCGGCCAGCUGAUGGGCUUGGGCUAUUCGGAGACCCUCCCGCCGUUCGAGGUCCAGGAGGAGCUGAACAACGCCUUUUUUGUUGGCCAGUAUCACUUCAUUCCUGUGGUUCACUCCGGGCGAUAUUAUCAAGCCUUCUAUGGUGGGCCUUUACGGAAGCCCCCCAUGUGUCUACAGUACGCAAUCUGGGCGUUGGCCGCCAACGGUCACGCCAAGUACGACCAGUACUCCCAAAUUUUCUACCAGCGGGCCCGACAGUACGCCGAUGCAGAUGAGAUGAAGGGCCACGGUGAGCAUUUCAUCACUAUUGCCCAUGCACAAACAUGGGCAAUCAUUGCAGCUUUCGAGGCCAAAUGCAUGUUCUUCACCCGGGCCUCCACCAGCUGCGCUAGAUGCGUUCGUCUUACCCAGAUGAUGGGUCUCGACCGCCUGGAUGGGAACUCUGAGGAUCAGCCUCCGGCCCUCGGCCCUACCACUUCGUGGGCUGAACUGGAGGAGCGUCGCCGAGUUAUGUGGGGGGCUUUUGCUAUCGACUCGCAUGCGAGUAUAUCAACAGGCUGGGCAUGCCUAAUAGACCCUAACAAUAUAUCAACGCGCCUCCCCGCCUCCGAGGAAGCCUUUUCCUCAGGCCAAGAGGAGACGGCUCCUUUUCUGGAGGACGUCUUCAGCGGUGCCUCGUACAGUGGCUUUGCCGGCGCAAUAGUGAUUUGUCAGAUAUUCAGAAGCAUACUGCAGCAUGUUCACAGAUGCAAGCCAGCGGAUCGCCCCCACGAUAUGAUGGAAGGGGCUUGGUGGAAGCGGCAUCGCGACCUAGACAACAAGUUGUCAAAUGCCUUCAUGUUCCUUCCCGAACAGCUGCGUCUCCCGCGAUGCAUCCGCGACCCAUCAGCCGUUCACACCAACCUCAACCUUCAUGCUGCAGUAAUCGCUUUGCACCACGCCGCCGUCGAGAAGCAACAAACUCACAACCUACCCGAGUCUGUGAGACAGUCGAGUCUCUGUCGCCUGAGAACCUCUGCAGAGGAAAUUGUCAAUAUCGUCAAGAUGAGCUCUCACUCGACUGCCAUGUUUAGGAGUCCCAUGUGUGCCCUCUCACUGUACGUUGCGACGACAGUGUACGUCUAUCUGGCCAAACAAGAUCCCCAUGCUGGCCUGACGACAUUGGACAUCUCCAAUCUCGAACUUGUCAUCAGUGCUAUGGAGGCUAUUGGUCGCCAACACCAAAUCACGACUGCCUUUCUCCAACAAGCCUGCUUGGACGUAGAAAAGAAUGGUUUGGACUCCAUCAUCAGACUCCCCAACCUCCGCAAGUACCGCGACAUCUUUGGCGGCGCCAAUUCCAACAUCCCCAUGCUGGCCCGGAGCCCGGUCUCCAAGCACACCUCCACGUCGCCCAUCUUGCCUGGGCGGCUACCGUUGAACAAUCCCAAGGGACACAUCCCUCCUGCUCACCUGAGAAUGGAAAAAUGUCUGCCUGGCAUAUCAGGGUCGAGGGGCACCGAGUCUGUCGUGCGGGGAUUGAUCAACGCAGACUGUUUCCAGCCUUUUCUCCGUGCGGCGAAACACAAUGUUGCUGCUACACCCAUGGACCACCCGGGCAAACGAAAGCGAAUGUCGCCGAGCCCCGGUCCUGGAUCCGACCGGAAUGUCGGCAUCCUCAGCUCCGUCAUGACAGACUCCGUCAGCAGCGGGUCGCGAAGCACGUCAAGCCGCGGGCCAGGCUUGGGGGUGGCCAACUCGUGGCGCUUCGACGGCGUUGACCUGCGCCCACAUCCCGGGAACCAAUUCUUCGUUUUACCGGACCGCACCAACUCGUCGUCGGCCUCGUCUCCAGCCAACCGCGAGCAUGGCGGCACGGACGGCGUCUCGGGGAGCAGCCACACGUCUCCCGGCACGGCGGCCGGCGCGGGCCUGGGCAACACCCCCGAGGAGAACCGCUUCGACCUACGGCCGUUCCAGGACCGCAUAUCGACGCCGAUAUGGCAAUCCACCGAGGAGGCGUUUUUCGCAAGCCAGAUCCCAGAGUCGCUGUUGAACUUGGCCCCGGGGGACGACGACGGCGCGUGGGCUCUGUUGAAUGAGACGAUGAAGUGGCAAAACACCACCACGGGGAUGUAG